GUGGGGUCUAGUUCUAAGAUUACAACUACUUGUAUAAAAUUGGCACUGAAGUUGUAAAAGAACUCACUGUGAUGUAACUUCAGGUGAACAAAACCACUGCAGACUGGCAGUGGCAUGUACUGAACAUGAGCAGAACUCUCUGAUGCAUGGUGAUCAGAACUUUAAAUACCUUUUUGCACACUUUGAACCCUGAGUCCAUAAACUCAAACCACGGCUGGAACACUCCAUCACUGACAAGCUGGAGCUGCUCAUCUGCAAUCACACAAUUCAUAAUAAUAAUUCAUCAUUUUCUUGUGCAUUUCUCAAGUGUCCACAAGCUGAUAUUGCCAGCAGACAGGAAUUUUCUAGGAACUAGUUGUGCAUUCCAAAUCUUUCCCUUCUUUCCUCCCUUUCUACAUCCUCCAAGUAGGCUGUUCUGUGAUUUGCUUGCAUUAAAAAAAAGGAAUCCUAUGCUUCUAACAUUUUUUUUUCACUUUAUAAAGCAUAAAGGUAUCCAGACCGAGAUUAGAUAUUUGAACUAUCGUAUGAAAUAGGUACGCAGUUAAAGGGCGGUCAGGCAAUGGGAUAGGUAUUACAGGGCAGUGCAGGAGUCAGCAUCCCUGGAGGUGUGCAAGGUGUUCCACGCGGGCACCGGCCGAUGGGGUUCCUGUUUCAGAGGGGUUACGGUGGCGGUGCAGGGCUGACGGCCGGGCUGCGUGCCGCAGAGGCCCCUUCCAGGCCCCACAGCUCCCUGACUCGCGCCUCCCUCACGCCUCCCUCACGCCGCGGCCGCCAUGGCCGCUCCCUCAGCCGCCGCAGCCCACGUGACCCCGCCCGGCGCGCGCCCGCCCCGCCGCGAGACUCUAUGGCGGAGGGCGCGCGCGGGCCCGGGAGCUCUCGCGAGAGCCGCGAUGGAGGCGGCGGGAGGAGGCGCCGGAGGAGGAGGAGGAGGUGUCAUGGCGGCGGCGGGCGCGGGCUCCGCGGGGUCCGCAGCGCGGGGCGGCGGCGGCUCCUCGGCCGCGUCGCGCUGGUUCUUCAGCCGCGAGCAGCUGGAGAACACGCCCUCGCGGCGCUGCGGCGUGGAGGCGGACAAGGAGCUCUCGUACCGGCAGCAGGCGGCCAACCUCAUCCAAGACAUGGGCCAGCGCCUCAACGUAUCUCAGCUUACCAUAAAUACUGCAAUUGUUUACAUGCACAGGUUUUAUAUGCAUCAUUCCUUCACAAAAUUUAAUCGAAAUAUAAUGUCUCCCACGGCAUUGUUUUUGGCUGCAAAAGUGGAGGAACAGCCACGGAAACUUGAACAUGUUAUUAAAGUAGCAAAUGCCUGUCUUCAUCCUCAAGAGCCACAGCUGGAUACAAAGAGUGAUGCAUACCUUCAACAAGCCCAAGAGCUGGUUAUACUUGAAACAAUAAUGCUUCAAACUUUAGGUUUUGAGAUUACCAUUGAACAUCCACACACAGAUGUUGUGAAAUGUACACAGUUAGUGAGAGCAAGCAAGGAUUUGGCACAGACAUCCUAUUUCAUGGCUACCAACAGCCUUCACCUUACCACAUUCUGUCUUCAGUACAAGCCCACAGUGAUAGCAUGUGUGUGCAUUCACUUGGCCUGCAAGUGGUCCAACUGGGAGAUUCCAGUAUCAACUGAUGGAAAACACUGGUGGGAAUAUGUAGAUCCCUCAGUUACUCUAGAGCUACUGGAUGAGCUAACUCAUGAGUUUCUGCAAAUACUGGAGAAAACACCUAGCAGGCUCAAGAGAAUUAGAAAUUGGCGGGCUAAUCAGGCAGCUAAGAAACCUAAAGGUGAUGGACAGGUAUCUGAGAACUCGCUUCUUGGUUCAUCUUUGGUCCAGAAUUCCAUUUUGGUGGAUACAGUUACUGGUGUAGCUGCAAACACAAGUUUCCAAAAACCAUCGACAUCGUUUCCUGCACCAGUACCUCUGACCUCAGGAAGUAUUUCUGUUCCAGACAGUCAUGCACCUGAAAAUUUGGCAAUAUUAGCUACAGGAAUGCCAAGUACCUCAUACAGUUUGGCAUCACACCAGGAAUGGCCUCAGCACCAAGAACAAACAAGGACAGAGCAAAUAUACUCUCAGAAGCAGGAGACUCUGCCUGCUAGUCAGUACAACAUGAACUUCCAAGCAGGGACGUCUGUGCAGUUGCACUCCGGAGUUCACCACAGACCUGACAAACUUGCUGAGCAUUCUACUGUCAAACAAGAAUAUUCUCAUAAGUCAGCAAACAAACACCAUGGACAAGUUGCUGCUCCUGUAAUAAUUCCUCAAAAAAUGUCUUUGGAUAAAUACAGAGAGAAGCGCAAACUAGAAACCCUGGAACUGGAUGUCAGAGAACACUAUGUAGCAACCCCUGGCGAGCAGCAGCAUAAAAAGCACCUGCAGCCACAGGCAGCCAGUUCUGUUACAUCUCCCAUUAAAAUGAAAAUUCCUAUUGCAAAUGCAGAGAAGCCUGAAAAACACUUGUCUGAUAAGAAGGAGAAGGGUGGCUCGCUCAAACUCCGUAUUCCAAUCCCACCCACAGAAAAGGGUGCCAGUAAGGAGGAGCUGAAAAUGAAAAUCAAGGUUUCUUCCUCAGAAAGGCACAGCUCGUCGGACGAGGGCAGCGGCAAGAGCAAACACUCGAGUCCCCACGUUAGCAAAGAGCAUAAGGACAAACACAAAGAGCACUCGCUGAACCGCCACCACGGCGUGGGCCACAAGCACUCGCACUCGCACGGGGGCGGCAGCGGCAGCAGUAAGCACAGCACCGAUGGAGUGACGCCCUCUGUGCUGAGGAGUCCCGUGGGCCUGAGUAGCGACAGCAACUCCUCUAGUUCCGGCUCUUCGAGGAAGAAGUUGCACAGCAAUGAUGCUUCUCACAACCACCACUCCAAAAUGAGCAAAAGUUCCAAAAGUUCAGGUAGUUCAUCUAGUUCUUGCUCUGUUAAGCAGUAUGUAUCCUCUCACAACUCUGUUUUUAACCUUCCCUUACCCCCUCCUCCCCCUGUCACAUACCAGGUGGGCUACGGACAUCUCAGCACCCUCGUGAAACUGGACAAGAAACCAGUGGAGAACGGUCCUGAUGCCCAUCCCCAGUACAGUACAAACAGCCAGCAUAUGGACUACAAAGACACAUUCGACAUGCUGGAUUCGCUGUUAAGUGCCCAAGGAAUGAACAUGUAGUCAAUUCUUAGCUUUGUUGAAGACUCUACCUUAAUCUGAGAAGAAUUAGUACACACCAUGGAAUUAUGUACAUCCCACUAGAGCUCACAUGCCCAGGCUCCUGCCUUUAUUCUGCAAGGUACUUUAACGUGAAGAAACUUUAACGUGAUGUUGCCAUGGAUGUCUGGCAUGAGCACCAAUUGAUAUUCCUCAAAAAAGGACUGUUAACUGCUUGAACUUUGAAAAUUACUGUGAUGUUAGGAUUUCUCUUAUACUGGCAUAAUGUUCUGUCAUUGUUAUGUGACAUUAUACCUACAGAAACUAUUAAUAAAGAAUUUUGCUAGAAAUACUGAUUUCUCUUUGCUUUUAUAAAGUUUAGACAACUCUCUGAAGUCAGGAGGCUGACUGACUACUGGAAUAAAAUAAAGUUUGAAAGCUAUUUAAGUAACUAAGAUGUUCAGCACUCUGAGGAAAGUUGGUUUUACAAUGUUCACGUUACAUCAGAGCUGACACUGAGGUCAGUGUCUUGGAUUCUUGAGAGCUCAGCUCUGAACAGUUGUAGGGCUGAGCUUUAGUGCCUCUCUUCCUGGAGCCUGGGUGCUCACAAAGUCUAAAGAUUUACCCCAUUUUGAUAGGAAAAAGCCAAAUCAACAAAAGGAUAUUCUAACUACUAAUCUCUGCCUUUUUUGCUUUAUUAAUACUUAAUAAUGCUUUUUAGAUUUUAUUUAAUUUUGUGCAAUUAGUAGUAGCUAGUUCUGCCAAGUGUAAAGACCAUUGGAGUGUAGAGGGGCUCUGUUCUGUCAUCCAGUCACAGAUAGUGCUCACUCCAGUGGUCAGAGAAACACUUCAGGUUUUCAGUGAUAUCAGCACCCCAUGGGGACAGUAAGGAAGACAGAGCCAGACUCUGCAGUGCUAGCAGUGACAGGACAAGGGACAACAGGACAACUAGACCUAUAAGAUAGUCUUCAAACAUAAAAUCACUUUUAGCAUGAGGGGGUUAAAGACUGGAGCAUGUUGCCUGGAGUGGCUGUGGAGUGUCCAUCCAUAGUCAGACUCAAAGUCAAUGGGACAAGGGCCUGAGCAACCUGCUUCAGUCAGCCCUGCUCUGAGCAGUGGGGCUGGACCAGAAGAUCUCCAGAGCCCCUUCCAACCUCAAACUUCUGGGACAUGGAAGUGCCCAUAAAAUGCACUAUUUCAUUUAAAACAGGCAGUCCCAUGGUUUAGAUAAUUAUCUCUUGCAAUUAUCAGCACAGUGUCUUCAGGGGCCUCAGGAACACAGAGCUGAUCAAUGUAUGUAAAAAACUUAUUCACCAGCUACAGACUGAAGUGCCCAUCCAGUUAAAAGGGCCCACCUGACUGAAUAAAAACCUCAGUACCAUUUAUGCCAGUAGAUGGUCUGAGGUUCCUCUCAUCCA